AUGUCCCAAUAUCAAAGUUUGUUUACACCCGCUAUCGCUGCUAAGCAGCCAGUUUCCCCCAUGGAAACUCCAAGUAUUUCUAAUUCUACUUCUACUACUUCUUCUUCAGGAGAAUUGAUCUUUGACAAAUUCAUUAAGUCUGAAGAACAAGAAGAUGAUCAAUUUAUGACUAUCCCACCAUUAAAUGAAUUAGACUCAAACGUUGUGGAUGCCUUUUUCUCAUCGAGUACAGACUCCACUCCAAUGUUUGAAUUUGAAUCAUUAGAUGAAUCCAACGAUCCAAAGAAUUGGACUUCUUUAUUCGAAAAUGAUCUACCAAUCAUUACUGAAGAUGAUGUCUCUUUGAAUGAUAAAGCUAUUGAAUUGACCCAUGACGUUGCUGUCAAUGAUAAUGAUGUCAAUUUCAUGCAGAAUCAAUGUUUCUUACCAACUCCAGUUAUUGAAGACGCCAAAUUGAUGAUCAACAAUAACCAUAGUUCAGGUAAGAUUACGAAAAAGAGCAACAUCAACAAGAAAUCCUCGUUCUCAUCUCCUUCUCCUUCUGCUUCUUCAAAAGUGGAUCAUUUAGGUGUUGUUGCAUACAAUAGAAAGAAUCGUUCAUUACCUUUAACUCCAGUGAUUCCUGAAUCUGAUGAUCCUGCAGCACUAAAACGUGCAAGAAACACUGAAGCUGCAAGACGUUCAAGAGCAAGGAAAUUACAAAGAAUGAAUCAAUUAGAAGAAAAGGUUGAAGAAUUAUUAUCAAGAAAUACGGAAUUGGAAAAUGAAGUUAUUAGAUUAAGAAGUUUAUUAAAUAACAAAUAA